UCGCCAUUGUGAAAGAACAACUCCUUAUGACAUUUAGUACCUACUUAAACACGAAAUCAGCUUCACAUGUUAAACUCCUCUCCUACCCUUUGAGCUGCCAUUGGUAAAUCUUUAUACAAUAGCUACAUAACCACAUAAGUACCAUGGCUACCUCACACUCUACUGUACCUUGUUUUAGAUAAAGCUUCAUGUAUAUUGUACCUACUAGUACAUGCUGAAUGCAUAGGGCACACACACUACGAAUGUGAUGGAAUCAUGAGUAAGGUACAGAGUUCAUGUACCAUAUGUCCGUACCUGCCCUACUGUACUAUGUACCACAGCAACACAAUGAAUAACAGACCUAAAAAGAAAAGUCAGCACAACUUCGAAGGUUGGAACUUUGAAUAGCAAGGAUCCUUGAAUACUACCUAGGUAUACUACCUACAGUACCUGUACAGCGCGUUCUAGCAGCGCGCCCACAUUCCCAAGCGCUGACGCACCCGCAACCUUGGCAAGGACCCUCAGCGGACCCUCACCUUCUCUCGCUCGGUACUUGCACAGCUACCUAAUUCCGAUAGUGUGCAAGGUCCCAUGACGACAAUCGGCGCUCUAUCCUUCGUUCUUCCUUGCCCAGUCUCACCAGCGGUGUUGUUGAUGGAAGAAUUCCCGUCUCGAGGAUAUCCUCCCACAUUCCAGAACACCAAUACCAGGUCCUGGACACGCACUUCCGCUCGUUUUUUUGGCUUUGCCGCAGCGAUCCGGUGCAAGGGGGAACGUAUCUCUACCUACCACUACACAGUAACUAGUACAUGGUGCCCCUCCCUUUUGUGGCGGGAAGUCUUUAUCUUGAGUCCUUAUAGCUUAUAGUAGGUAUGUUGGCACAAUGUAGGCCGAGCUUUGGCCGCCUACACCACUGUUUUGCGGCUGGCCAAGGGCGUUCCCGUUGGUUGACAUCAAGAUCCACGCUGCCACGCGAUACCACCACCACCACCACCACCACCA